UACGCUUUAAACGAGAGUUCGAAAUAAAUUCGAAUUGUGUGCGAGAUAAUUCACGAUAUAGAAAAGAUUGUAUAAAAUAGAACAAGGAAAGAAUAAGAUAGCGUCGUAUCCUCGCGAUGGAAUCUGCUGCAGCAUCCACAAAGUAAUGGGUGUUGUGUGAUCGAGCCAUGGACCGGCUGUUGUACCCCCACUCUUCGAAUUUCAGAAUUGUACCCCACCAUCUUACACGAAGUUACUCGUCGUAGGUAUCCCCACUUGCGAUAUCAUUCUCCCUCUCUCUUCCUCUCUCUCUCUCUCUCUCUCUCUCUCUCUCUCACUCACUCACUCACCCUCCCCCCACCACCCUCACUUCUACUUCCCGUUCAGUGGCGGGAGUCGUCGCUCGCCGUUGUGUUCUCAGUCUGUCACCGACCGCGUAAGCGUUCGGUUCGCAACUUUAUUCUUCUCGUUGGUUUCAAUUUCAAAAAAGUUUAUUUUCCAAAAAUUAUCACCGACGCGAUUUAUUCCACGUGUAUCGAAGAAAGAAAAUUUCUAAAGUGCUCGAUAGUGUGAAGUCCAAACAACACGUGCACCCGAUUAACGUCGUUCGAUAAAAGUUGAUGUGUGUAUACAAAUACAUAUUUUAUUCUAAAUUUAUAAGAAAAUAAGUGGAUUCGUUAUUUAACGAUCGGCUGUGACAAAAGUUAAGACGAGAAAUUUAAAGUAAAUAAAAGAGUAAAUAAAGAGAAAUAAAAGAGAGAAGAACGUGUUUGUUUCGUGGAUUAUCGGUGAUUUACAAAUCAUUGAUCGAAAAAGAAACUGGCUAUAUCGUUGGAACGAAUCGACGUCUCUUCGUCGAUCGCAGUUUUGUUAUUGUUAUUUUCUCUCUCUCUCCCUCUCUCUCUCUCUCUUUUUCUCUGUCCUUCCCCUUUCUCCAACAACGGGCACACGAGAAAUGUCCCACGCCGUCCGCUCCGCUUUCGUUUAGUCACGGGCCAUCGUGCGGAAAUCACAGCCGUCGAGGGUGGUGUAAUCGUUUAUCGAUUCUACGCUGCAGAAAAAAGAGAAAAAGAAAAAGAAAAAGAGAGAGAGAGAGAGAGAAAGAGAGAGAGACGAGUUCGACAGGAAAAGUGUUAUAUUUUUUUUUCCUUCGUUUAACGACGUCGAUCGUCCUAAAGAUCGAUCUGUGCACCGUGGAAGACGCUGGACGUUUUCGUAUUUUCUAUCUCUUCGAUCUAUUUCUUAUUUUUCUCGCACAUAUGUAUACCUACGUAUAUCAUCCCUUGACAACGAAAAUGAAAGGAAGAAAGUGUUUCGUCGUAUCAUUGAAACGAAGCAUGGUUUAAUUUUAGUACGUGCGUGUCGUUCUUUUUUACGUGAUACGGUGUUGUGCUAGUGUUGCUGAAAGUAGCACCUUUGUAACUCGCGUUGUGCCAUCCAUCGACGUCGCGUGGCCUUCCCUUUGAAGUUUUCAAACCGGAAGGAUCGACGUUGUCUCUCCCUCGGUGGAAUCGUGUUUACGGGGGUUACAAGAAAAAAUAAAACAAAAAGAAAAGAUAAAGAAAAGAAAGAUAUAAAGAAACGAAGGAAAGGAGGAGAAAGUAAAAAAAAAACGAAACAAAAAAAAGAAAGAAAAGAAGAAAGGAAAAAAUAGUUAAAAGGGAGGAGUAGUAACGUUUUAAGAGAAGAAAGAGAAGAAAAUAUAAAUUCGCCCCGGUUAGUGGUGAUAACUCUCUCGUGAUAGUAAUUUUCUUUCCCAUUUUUCAUCCGUAUGAAAGUGAACGGUGAAAGAUCAGCUCGAUGUGCGAUCCCACGGCUUUAUUGGAUCUAGUGCCGAGCGAAGGAUUACUCAAGAGGCCCUCCAUGGAUUACAACGAGUAUACGUACUGCUACGGUGGUGGUCGAGGGUGUUUAUUGGACAAUUCGGCACCACGGGGCCCGCCCGAUGUGCCACCCCGUAAUCCUACAAUGAGCCGUCUUAACGGAAGACUGCCAGGAAGUCACGCAGCAAGCGAUCACGAACGCGAUCCCGAUCUCGAACCAUCCUGUCUCGUACGCACCCCAUCCGGUAACUUCUACAAUAUACCAAAGAUACCGAAGAAUGAAUACAACAAUAAGAAUCAAUCGACAGGGAAUAGUCCAAUAAAAGUCGAGCUGCAAAACAACAUGGACAGAGUACCUUUACCUUACGGUCACGCCCCAUCGAUGAUCCCGAUGAGGAGACAAAGCAUUCGCUGCCAUUUCCGCAAAGGAAUCGAUUGGUGCAGCUGGAAACUAAUUGCCAUAGUUGUAAUUACGCUCUCCCUUUGCUUAACGGCAGCGCUCGCCUAUGUCGCAACUUCGAACAUAGUAACCUGGUCUUAUCAAGGUACAAGAGCGUGCACAGUGUUAAUCGGUGACAACACAGACGCAAAAUCACCGACGAGCGAGUCGAACAAAACGUCCACGUCGACGGCAUCGACGUCAUCACAAUCGGCCAGUGGUAGAACGCGACAGCAAACAUCGGCAGGAGGUAAUAUCAAUCCCUGGGCUAGCAUGCUAGAUCGUUCUGUGUAUUCUCGUAAACGUAGAGACGUCAUAUUUAACCGGCAUGCAACUGUAUUACCGCACGACACUUCCUCGAUCACCAAAUCCCAAAAUUUCCUACGAGAAGCCGAGGAAUCCAUGAUCCAAAAAUCAUGGAGCACGCCGAAUACAUUGCAUGAGAAUAAUCAGGGUAAGGUUGUUGUAUUUAUGCAUGACACGACGGUGCAUACGAAAGUAGCUAAUCCAAGUGAAAAAUCCGACGAUGCGGUUUCGUUUCCCGAGGACACCAGGGAAAUGAGUGAAAGAAUGAAGGAGUCAAGUACUUCUCCCUUGGGAACCAUGCCGCUAGUCGGACCCGUCUCUGACCCUUCCAUUAUCGCUGCUAACUACUCGCACUAUGAUACUACAACUACCUCUAUCGAACUCGUUUCUGGGUCUCCGGUCUCUGAGACAAGCUCUGAUCCUUAUCAUUCGAUUCGCUAUUCCUCUUCUUCAUCCGAGAAAUCUUAUUCCGGAGAAUCACUCGAAACAAAGGAGUUUACUACUGAACCAUCCAGUUCUCAUACAACGAAUCGUCGAAAAUAUUACACGAACACUUUGAUGUCUUCCAUUGAAAGCAAGAAAGAUUUCCCAGGAGUUCCACCGAUAAUGGAUGAAAUACCUUACGACGAAGGAGUUUCAAUGAACAUUGAAAAUCGUAAUAUGAUAGAUGAUAGCAUAGUACCGGCAAUGUUAGAAACUAGUACUGUAGAACUAACGGGUAACGUAGAUUCGAGUAUUGGCAGUAAUGCUAUACUUCCUGACACCGUUGCUACCCCAGGAAAUCGAUCGUCGAAAGUAAAUAGCUUUAGCACGGAUAUGAGGAACGAUCUUGAAGAAUACGUCGGUAUAGAAAGUAGUAGUAGUGCUUCGCUAGAGUUAUCUACUACCAUAGAUAUAGAGAAGGAAAACGAGAGCAGAGAAACGUCCUCGAUUCGAGCCAACGAUUUUAAUUGGAACGAGACGACGAGUACGACGGAAAAAAGAAAUGAGAUCACUAGGAUCGAUCGUCGUACCGACGAACUGUGGAAUAGUUCGAUGCGAGCAGACAAGACGUCUAUGAAAAUCGAGAACGAGACUGCGAACGAAUCUCAAGAUCGAGAACCUCCUGACAGUUCCAGCGUUGUAAAGGAGACACGAGAAUUGUCUCGAGAGGAUUCUUCGGCCGAGUCCGUCGAAGAUCCUGCUGGACCGAUAAAGACCUCGGAGAAAUCUGAAGAACUUCAACGAGAUUAUCCCAUACCGAUUUACAGCUACGGACAGGACGAGGUUGAGAUUGUGAAAUUAAAUCACGGGACAAACUCUGGUACUACGACUAAGACGAGAACGGUGUACAAACCGAUCGAUAAUCCUGAUAAGAGACCCGACAUACUUAACAACGAAGUAAAAACUCUUAACAAGAAUCAUCGAUUGGAUCAACGGAAGGACGAUCUCCGAGUGGUAAUGCGCGAAGGUAGCGACGAGGAAUUUUUACGAAAAUUUGAGGAACAGUUUUAUAAAGAAGAAUCUUCCGAAAGGGACGAGCCGGUAAUAAAGAAACCUGUUCAAAGCAAUUUCGAUCGAUUGGAGAAAAAGGAAGACGAGAACGGCCAUGAAAAAUCGCAUGAUUCGUCGAACGAUGCUUUCAAUGGGGAUACAAAGCUUCCGAUAGUUCAGCACGUGCAGAUCAUCGAAGUACCGGUCGAACGCGAUCACCGAUCAUCGUCGUCAUCGUCGUCAUCGUCAUCAACAUCAACAUCAACAUCAUCGACUCAUCGAGUGCUCGUAAACGUGACGAUCGCGAACGGAGACUCAUCAUCCGGUGCUUCUCGGCCUCUCUACGUGCUUUCGGUCUCCGUACCAAUGGAAAUCGAGCCCGACGAUCAUUCACCGAAUGCUCACCAAAUAAAAACAUCAUCCUCUUCUCAACGCGAUGGGAAAAUAACCGAGAAUGUCGUGAACUACGUCGAACCGAUCGACGUGGUUCGUCUUCCACCCCCGCCUCAACCACCCGCUUCACCCCCACCCCCAAUUUGGGGCGGUGGCGAAUGCGAAUGCUCUUGUCCGUGCAUGGAUUCAUCCUCUGACGAAUGGGACAAUUUUUCAGCGAUCGAUGAUACUAAUAUCAUCUUCGAGCAGGAUUUCGAUCAACACGAACCUCCCGACAACUCCAGUUCCUUCCAAGUUCCAUCGAUUACGAAUAUCCAAGUCAAAACCGAUCAAUUGGAUAGAAAACCAGAAUGGAAAGAAAAUUCUACGAGUCAUUUGGAGGAUUUGAUAAAGGACGAUACGACGCUAACCUUGGAAGAUUAUUAUACCGAGGAGGACAACGUAUCAACGACCGAGUCCUCCUCGACUUUCGAACCUGAAACGACUACCAACGAUAUUAUAUCGUGUUCUGCAACCACUUCACUACCCCCAGAGCCUAUUAUAUUGAUUCUCGAAGGUGCACGAACCUUUCCUGCUAGAUCGUUCCCACCCGAUGGUACGACCUUCGCUCAGGUUGGCCUUGGACAAAAACUCAGCAAAGAGAUUCAACCUUAUAGCUACUGGAAUAUGCAAUUCUAUCAAUCGGAGGCCGCCUACGUUCGUUUUGAUUACAACAUCCCACGUGGUGCUAGCAUCGGUGUAUACGCAAGAAGAAACGCAUUACCAACACACACGCAAUACGACCUCCUGGAAGUGCUAAGUGGAUUCAAAGCUCGGACCACCAGGGCAUCCCAUGUUAGUGUUAUUCCGUCUAUAAAGAAAGAAGUGACUCACUAUAUGGAACCCGGUCAUUGGUUUCUUUCACUUUACAACGACGAUGGCGAUCCUCAAGAAGUUUCAUUCAUCGCGGUUAUAGCUGAGGACAUGACGCAUAAUUGUCCGAAUGGUUGCAGUGGAAAGGGAGAAUGUCUUCUUGGUCAUUGUCAAUGUAAUCCUGGUUUUGGUGGUGAAGAUUGCAGCGAAAGCGUAUGUCCUGUUCUUUGUAGUCAACGAGGUGAAUAUAUUAAUGGCGAGUGUCAGUGUAAUCCAGGUUGGAAGGGCAAAGAAUGUUCCCUUAGGCAUGACGAGUGCGAGGUACCAGAUUGCAACGGUCACGGGCAUUGCACCAACGGAAAAUGCAAUUGCGUUCGCGGUUACAAAGGGAAGUUCUGCGAGGAGGUGGAUUGUCCACAUCCGACGUGCUCGGGUCACGGUUUCUGCGCAGAGGGAACGUGUAUUUGUAAGAAGGGAUGGAAGGGCGCAGAUUGUAGCCAGAUGGAUAAGGAAGCGUUGCAGUGUUUACCAGAUUGCAGCGGUCAUGGAAACUUCGAUCUCGAAACUCAAACUUGUUUAUGCGAGCCUAUGUGGUCCGGUGACGAUUGCUCGAAAGAACUAUGUGAUUUGGAUUGCGGACCACAUGGUCAUUGCGUGGACAACGCUUGCGAUUGUUUACCCGGUUGGUCCGGAGAACUUUGUAAUUUGAAACAAUGCGAUCCACGAUGCAACGAACACGGACAGUGCAAGAAUGGUACGUGCUUGUGCGUCACCGGUUGGAACGGUAUACAUUGUACGAUGGAAGCGUGUCCAAAUGCCUGUUCAAGUCAUGGACAGUGCAGAGUCAGCUUUUAUGGUCAAUGGGAGUGCCGUUGUUACGAAGGCUGGGAUGGCAAGGAUUGCAGUGUCCCUCUUGAACAAAAUUGUAACGACGGACGAGACAAUGACAAAGACGGUCUCAUCGAUUGUGCCGAUCCCGAGUGCUGCUCGAACCAUAUAUGUCGAAGUAGUCAGCUUUGCGUGUCGGCACCGCAACCGAUCGAUAUACUUCUACGAAAGCAACCACCGGCAGUAACUGCAUCCUUCUUCGAAAGGAUGAAAUUUCUAAUAGACGAGGGCAGUCUGCAGAACUACGCUCGUCAGGAGACUUUCAACGAGAGUAUGUUCUGGAAUCACUUCAACACAAGUCGGUCCGCCGUAAUACGUGGUCGAGUUGUCACGCACCUUGGUACCGGACUAAUGGGAGUACGUGUUAGCACGAGUACACCUUUAGAAGGCUUUACCCUGACAAGAGACGACGGUUGGUUCGAUCUACUGGUGAACGGAGGUGGUGCAGUGACCUUGCAGUUUGGCAGGUCACCUUUCAAGCCGCAGAGUCACAUCGUCUUCGUCCCAUGGAAUGAGGUCGUGAUAAUCGACAAAAUAGUAAUGAGCACGGCUGAGGAGAAAGCACCGGUUCACGUGCCACACGCUUGCGCAGCCCACGACUACGACUUGAUGAAACCUCUUGUCCUGGCAACGUGGAAACAGGGCUUUCAAGGUGCCUGUCCUGAUAAAAGCGCCAUUUUGGCGGAAUACCAGGCCAUUCAGGAGAGUUUGCAAAUACCUGGAACGGGUUUGAAUCUUGUGUAUCAUAGUUCGAGAGUUGGAGGUUAUUUGUCGACGAUACAAGUGCAAUUGACGCCGGAAACGAUACCACCCACGCUCAGUCUAGUCCAUCUAAGGAUUUCGAUCGAAGGAAUACUUUACGAGAGGACGUUCGAAGCUGAUCCGGUGAUCAAGUUCACGUACGCUUGGAAUCGAUUGAACGUUUAUCGCCAACGCGUUUACGGCGUUACGACAGCGAUGGUUAAGGUUGGUUACGAGUAUAACGAUUGCAAAGACAUCAUCUGGGAUGUUCAAACCACUAAACUCAGCGGCUACGACAUGGCAAUCUCUGACGUUGGCGGUUGGAAUCUCGAUAUUCAUCAUAGAUAUAACUUCCACGAAGGUAUUUUACAAAAGGGAGAUGGUUCCAAUAUAUAUUUGAAGCACAAGCCUAGAGUCAUUCUUACAUCGAUGGGUGACGGUCAUCAGCGACCUUUAGAUUGUUACGAUUGCGAUGGACAAGCAUCGAAGCAACGUUUACUCGCACCAGUUGCUCUUGCCACCGCACCAGACGGAUCCAUUUUCGUUGGUGACUUUAAUUUGGUUAGGAAGAUCCUGGUAGAUGGAACUGUCAGGACCAUUGUUCGACUAAAUGCUACCAGAGUGUCCUAUCGAUAUCACAUCGCUAUAAGUCCGCUCGACGGUUCCCUUUACAUUUCGGAUCCAGAAUCUCAUCAAAUUCUUCGUGUACGCGAUACGAACGACUACACCGAUCCUGAUCACAAUUGGGAAACCGUAGUUGGAUCUGGAGAGCGUUGUCUUCCAGGUGACGAAGCACAUUGCGGAGAUGGUGCAUUGGCAAGAGACGCGAAGUUGGCUUAUCCGAAAGGAGUCGCUGUCUCGAUAGACAACGUCCUCUAUUUUGCCGAUGGUACAAAUAUCAGAAUGGUAGACAGAGAUGGAAUCAUCACGACAGUAAUCGGUAAUCACAUGCACAAAGCCCAAUGGAAACCGAUUCCUUGCGAAGGUACAUUAAACGUCGAGGAGGUUCAUCUUCGUUGGCCAACGGAAUUAGCUAUCAAUCCACUCGAUAAUUCUUUACACAUGGUCGAUGAUCACAUGGUACUUCAACUGGCACCAGAUGGUCGUGUGAAAGUCGUAGCAGGUCGUCCGUUACAUUGUGCCUCGCCAUUGUCAUCCUUCGACACCGAGCUAGCCACUCAUGCUACUUUGGUGAUGCCUCAAAGUAUUGCCUUUGGCCCAUCGGGAAAUCUAUACAUCGCUGAGAGCGAUUCCCAGCGAAUAAAUCGCGUGAGAGUUAUCGGCACGGAUGGUAAAAUCUCGCCUUACGCCGGUGCCGAAUCCAAAUGCAAUUGCCUCGAACGUGGCUGCGAUUGUUUCGAAGCUGAUCAUUAUUUAGCGUCCACUGCGAAAUUCAAUACGAUAUCGUCCGUUGCGGUUUCACCUGACGGUGUCGUACACAUCGGCGAUCAAGCCAAUUAUAGAAUACGCUCUGUCAUGGCAAGUAUACCAGAUGCGAGUGACGCCAGAGAAUACGAGAUUUAUUCGCCAGAUACGCAAGAGAUUUACGUCUUCAAUAGAUUCGGUCAGCACAUAGCUACGAAAAAUAUUUUAACGGGUGAAACGGUCUAUCUUUUCACUUACAACGUCAAUAGCAGUAACGGCAAGCUCAGCACUGUCACGGAUGCGGCUGGCAAUAAAGUCUUCCUCUUACGUGACUAUAGUAAUCAAGUAACUUCCAUUGAGAAUACCAAAGGGCAAAAGUGUAGACUCCGAAUGACUAGAAUGUGGAUGUUGCACGAAUUCAGUACACCGGAUAAUUACAACGUGACGUUCAAUUAUCACGGGCCAACUGGACUCCUAGCUAACAAGUUGGACAGCACGGGACGUGGUUACGUCUACGAUUACGACGAGUUUGGUAGAUUAACAAGCGUUGUUACUCCUACCGGUAAAAUGAUCAGUCUGACGUUUGAUCUCAGCUUGAAAGGAGCCAUCGUUAAAAUUGGACAAAAUAACAGAAAGCCCGUUUCUAUGCUGAUCAAAGGUUCCUCGGUUGUAACGAAGGUUGGCGAGGCCGAACAAAGAACGACAGUUCUUCCUGAUGGUUCCGUCGGUAUGGUUACACCUUGGGCUCAUACAGUUAGCACGGACACGAUGCCUUAUUCGAUCCUCGCUGAAAUAGAACCACUUCUUGGCGAAAGUUAUCCAGUACUUGCGAAACAAAGAACCGAAAUCGCAGGCGAUUUGGCCAAUAGGUUCGAAUGGCGUUACUUCCUUAGGAAGGUCCAAGGAAACAAAAACCGUGGCAAUUCGAAAGCAGUAGCACAAGUUGGCCGCAAACUUCGAGUUAACGGUGAGAUCUUGUUAUCUUUAGAAUACGACAGAGAGACGAACACCGUGGCCGUUUUCAUGGAUGAUCGAGUAGAGCUAUUAAACAUAACGUACGACAGAACUGCAAGACCAUUGAAAUGGGGCCCCAGAAAUGGGAUAUUUGCUGGCGUUGAACUCGAAUACGAUCGAUUUAGCAGGCUAACUAGUUGGACCUGGGGAGACAUAAGUGAGACUUAUGGUUUCGACAGAGCUGGCCGAUUAUACGAAAUUAAGUACAGCGAUGGAACGUCUAUGAUCUAUGCCUUCAAAGAUAUGUUCAGUAGUUUGCCAUUGAAGGUUACUACUCCACGUGGAAGUGAUUACUUGUUACAAUACGAUGAGGCUGGUGCUCUACAAUCUCUUACAACACCUCGAGGACAUAUUCAUGCGUUCUCUCUUCAAACAUCUCUCGGAUUCUACAAGUAUCAAUAUUAUUCUCCUAUGAAUCGACAUCCCUAUGAAAUUCUAUACAACGACGAUGGACAGAUACUUGCUAAGGUUUAUCCACAUCAGAGCGGUAAAGUCGCAUACGUUUACGAUCACACCGGAAAAUUGGAAACCACUUUGGCAGGCUUGUCUUCUAUACAUUACACGUAUCAAGAAACGACCAGCCUGGUUCGUAGCAUCGACAUCAACGAGCCAAACUUCGAAAUGCGUAUCGAGUACAAAUAUCACGCGGGAAUUGUCAAAGACGAGAAGAUCAAAUUCGGAAGUAAGAGUGGUAUGGACAACGCGCAUUAUCGAUACCAAUACGACGGAAAUGCACGGAUAUCUGGUAUCGAGGUCGACAUCAACGGAAAACAACUUCCGCAAUUACGAUUGAAGUACAAUCAGAACCUUGGUGUAUUGGAGGGUGUCGGUGACCUCAGAAUCUAUAGAAACGUGUUCAAUAGAUCGGUCAUGCAAGAUAGUAGCAAGCAGUUUUUCACUGUCACUGAUUAUGAUGAACAUGGUCGUGUUAAGACCGUUCUGAUGAACAUUCGUUCUUUGGACGUAUUCAGAAUGGAAUUGGAAUAUGAUAAUAGAAAUCGUAUCAAGAUGAGAAAACUGAUGAUCGGUAAGGAGUCCAUGGAAAAGAAGGAAUGGUCUAGAAUGGAUAAGAUCACGUAUAACGCUGAUAGUCACGUACUCGAGGUAGCAGAUACGGAUAAUAACUGGCAAUACGCAUACGAUGAGAACGGCAAUAUAGUUGGUGUAACCGAACAUAGCGAAAAGAUUGUAUUAGGUUAUGAUAGCGGAGAUCGAGUGGUUCAAUAUGGCGACGUAGAAUUUAAUUCUUACGAUGGCCGAGGAUUCGUGGUUAUUCGAGGAGAGCACAAAUAUAGGUACAACUCUAGGGGACAACUUAUUCACGCAUCGGAACACAAGAAGUUCCAGAUCUGGUACUUUUACGAUGAUCGUGGAAGAUUGGUAUCUUGGAACGACGACCGAGAGAAUAUUACUCAAUUCUUCUACGCUAAUCCAAAGACCCCGGAUUUGAUAACGCACGUACACUUCCCAAAAUCGUCUAAAACAUUCCGAUUCCUCUACGAUCAACGUGACUUCUUAAUGACGGUCGAAACCUCCGAACAAAGGUUUUACGUGGCAACCGAUCAGAACGGUUCACCGUUGGCUCUUUUCGAUACCAAUGGAAAUCUUAUCAAAGAAAUGCGUCGUACACCUUUCGGUAAAAUCAUCAAAGACACCAACCCUGACUUUUACUUGCCCAUCGAUUUUCAUGGAGGUCUGUUCGAUCCAAACACGAAAUUGAUUUAUCUAAACAAGAGACUGUACGAUCCAACCGUCGGACAAUGGAUGACACCUGCCUGGGAACAAAUGGCGAACGAGCUAACAACGCCAACGGACAUCUUCAUUUAUCGUUUCCGUAACAACGAUCCGAUCAAUUUCAAACAGAACGUCGAAUACAUGACGGACUUGGCAAGCUGGCUUAAACUUUACGGCUACGAUAUCUCUUCGAUGCUAGGUUCUGAGUACACGAAGCAGAUGGUUUAUCAACCAAGCGCAACGAUCACGUCUCCGCAAUUAACACCUGACUUCGGUGUGAUGUCAGGGUUACAGUGUAUCGUCAAUCGUGUCCACGAGAAAUUCUCCGAUUUAGGAUUUGUACCAAAGCCUUUGUUAAAGUUGGAACCUAAGACGAGAAAUCUUCUUCCAAGAGUAGCACAUCGUCGUGCGGUGUUUGGAGAAGGGAUACUCGUUUCAAGAGUCGGUGGUAGAGCAUUGGUGAGCGUUGUGGACGGUGUUAACACGGUUGUCCAGGACGUGGUGACUUCGGUCUUCAACAAUUCUUACUUCUUGCCUCUCCACUUCAGCGUACACGAUCAGGACGUCUUCUACUUUGUCAAGGACAACGCUUUGAAGAUCAGAGACGACAUGGAAGAACUACAACGGCUUGGUGGUAUGUUCAACGUUUCUACUCACGAAACGACCGAGCAUGGAGCAGGAACUUGGAAAGAAUUGAGACUUCAUAAUCCAGACGCAGCUGUCGUUAUAAAAUAUGGCGCUGAUCCGGAACAAGAAAGGCACAGGAUAUUGAAACACGCUCACAAACGAGCAGUCGAAAGAGCCUGGGAGAUAGAAAAGCAAUUGGUAAUGGCUGGUUUCCAAGGUAGAGGGGACUGGUCGAAAGAAGAGAAAGACGAGCUUUUAAAUCGUGGUACCGUCGAUGGUUACGAAGGUGUCGACAUUCACAGUGUCCAUAGGUAUCCUCAAUUAGCCGACGAUCCUGGUAACGUAGCGUUCACCAGGGAUACCAAAAGGAAAAGACGAAAGAGCGGUAACAGACGUAGCAGAAGCCAUAGACACGACUCGUGAUUCGAGAGGACAACGCGAGCUCGGGAGAUCUUUUGGGACUUGAUUCGCGUGCCCGCGUGAAUCUCGUGGUGAAAAGAAUGUGUGGCAAGAAGAAAAUAAACAAAGAUAAUUUAUCUUUCUCGCUAUCUCUUCUCAACGCACUCAACAAGGAGAGUAUAAUAACGAACGUAGGUAGUGAAUGGGAUAGGGAAAUUUGAGGGAUCGAGAAAGAGAGAGAGAGAGAGAGAGAGAGAGAGAGAGAAAGAAGAAAUAAAAUUUCAGGGAGAGUGCUACGGUGAGGCAAAGGGAAGGCGGGAAAUUUGAAAAUAGUAUAAUCUCUCUUGAUCGUUCGCUCCGCGUCCAAUAAAACGUGUCAACUAAAUCGGGUUAAAUAUUAAAUCCCGGGUAAAAGGAAACACGUUAAAUUUGUAUUCUUUAUACGAUUAUUCUCUUCUCGUUGCUGUUGACAUGUUCGUUUCUUAAUUGGGGGAGGGGGGGGAUACUAAUGGAAGUGAAACGAAUAGAAUUGAAAAAAGAGACUUCGGAUAAUUGUUGUAUACAGUAUGAUCUCAAAACAGAAGGUUCAAAUCGAUCGAAGUGUUACGCAUAUACUUUCAAGGUGCCGUCCGUGACGAAUGAAUAUCUUAGAGAAACGAGUGCGUGAUAAAGAGAGGGCGAGGAAAGGAAGAAUAAGAGAAAGAAGAAGAAGAAGAAGAAGAAGAAGAAGAAGCAGGAAGAAGAAAAAGAAGAGGAAGAAGAAGAAGAAGAAGGUCGUCUCGCAAAUUCGUCGGAACGUCGAUCAUCCAACACGGGAGUUAUCGAACGUAUCCUAUGUGUCAUCACACAUAUGGGGAUCUCUACAUCUGACAUACGAGUACUACAUGGCGUUUCGACGUUUGAUUAUCGAGAGAGACGUAUCGUGUUCGUCCGAAGAUAAAUAAUCGUGGAGUAUAUGGGAUGAAGACGAAAAUAAGAAAGAAAUACAUUGGCGUACUUUCUUACGUCGAAUAUUUUUAACAUGACGUAAUUAUGUGUAUUAAAGAAAGAGAGAGAGAGAGAGAGAGAGAGGGGGAAGAGAGACAGACGCGAGCAAUUGUACAUAAAAGCUAAUCGAUUAAUGGUAAAUGUAGAUAAUAUACAUAUGAACAUAUAUAUAUUGAACGCGAAACUCUCGGUUAAUAACCGGGAUAGAACUGUCGAUAAAAAAAAAAAAUAAAAAAUAAAGAAAAAAAAUGCUUUUUUAUAUGUAUUCGCGCCAAGAACGCGACUGGGUAAAAAGAGGAAUAAAAUGAUGCGUGGCAGAAAACGUUGCGACGGAUAUAGUGACGGAACGGAAGUAUAAUAGAGAAAGAAAGAUACAGGUACAGAUAUAUACGGAAAUAGAGAGAAAUAGAGAAAGAGAGAGAGGGAGAGAGGGAGUCGGUAAUUUCGAAAAGAACGAUUUAAAUCAGACUAAUCCGUAAGCCGUCACGCGUGCUGUCGUGCCGUUUAAACGUUACGCGAAGUGUGCUAAAGAGGUGUUUUCACUCGAUAUGUCGGUAGACACGUGUAAAUAGUUCGAUAGAUAACGGGGACGCGUUCGCGUGUCGCGAGUAAAAGGGAAGAGAUCGUUUUUAACGAUUAAAUUUCCCCUUCUCUUCGGCAUGUAUAGGGGAGGAAUAAACACGGUUGAAAUGAUAUUGUCCACGAGAGAAAUAACGCUAAUAAAUAAUGAAAUAAUAAUAAUAACGAUAAGAAUAAUAACACGAUAAUAGUAAGAAUAAUGAGGAUAAGAGUAAUAAGAAUAAUAAGGAUAGUAAUAACGAAAGAUAUGAUAACGGUAAUAUUACUAUUGUACGAAAAUGCCCCGCCUAUCUUUCUACUAAAAAUGAGAAAUUAUUUUUUGAAUUGUGUCGUCGAAGAGGUCCUGUGUAGCCACCGUGUGUCUGUGGGAUCGUCCUCCCUUUUUCCCCCCAUGAUAAUAUAAUACAACAUUCUCCCUCGUUCAAACCCUCGCGAAUAAUACUUCAUUGAAAAAAAAAAGAAAGAAAAGAUAAAUAAAUAAAAGUACGACUCAUCCACUGUCCUGUCCUGGUCCCCCAAAUAAAAAAAAAAGGAUAAAAAUAAAAAUAUAAAAAAAAAAUAAACAUACUUUGUAAAAGAUAUAGUUGAACAUUGUCGGUGUUUAUCAGUAUCGAGUAAUGAAGUAAAAAAGAAAAUAAAAAAAAAUGUAGAUCGAAGUCCGUGGUUUGGAUCAAAUGAAGUAACUGAGCAUAGAAAGUAAAGAAAACAUAAAAAAAUAUAACUGCAUACGUAUAAUUAUAAUAGAGAAAGGGAGGGAGGAAGAGAGAGAGAGAGAGAGAGAGAGAGAGAGAUAGAGAGACAGAGAGAAAAAGAGAAGCAACGUGUGCGAGUGUGCCACGGUCGCUCAACCACGUUGUGUUCCACGUAGGUGUAUAAUAAAUUAAAAGAAUAAAAAAAAAAAAAAAGAAAAA